GAGAGACUGUUUCCUAACUUACUGACACAGGUUUCCUCUCCUGUGACUUGUUUCUGGCAGGUUAUGAUCUUAACUCAACAUGAGAUUUACUAAUCAGAGGAAUUUGAAAAUAAUGUCCAUCCUUUCUGUAUUUGUAACCAUGUGUUUCCUUAUACUUAAUUAUUCUGGACAAAGGGAUAAUCCUUGCCCUCACAAGGAAGGUGAAGACUUGAAUCACUCACUAAAGCAGGAUGUUGGAGAACUACAGGCUUGUUCUGCUAUUAUUCAAGGAGACAUGGAUGGAGUGGACAAGGCCGCAUUCAGGGAGCUCCUGGCCUCUAAAAAAAGAAAAACUUUGCUAUCGGAGUCAUUCUACCUCAACGUAACCCAGGAUUGUCCAUCCUACAUUCGAGACAGAGGAUUUCUGAUGGUUUCUCUCAGUAAAGAGGAUAAAGAUUUCCCCAUUGCUUACUCCAUGGUGAUACAUGAGAAGAUUGAGAUGUUUGAAAGACUUCUGAGAGCCAUUUACACUCCUCACAAUGUGUACUGUGUUCACAUGGACCAGAAGUCUCCUGAGAUCUUUAAAGAAGCAGUAAGGGCCAUUAUGUCCUGCCUGACCAACGUGUUUGUGGCCAGCAAACUGGAGCCUGUGAUCUACGCCUCUUGGUCUCGAGUUCAAGCGGACAUCAACUGCAUGCAAGAUCUGCUCAAGUCACCCGUCCAGUGGAAGUAUCUGCUCAACACAUGUGGCACUGAUUUCCCCAUUAAAACCAAUGCAGAAAUAGUUCAGUCUCUAAAACUCCUGAAUGGAAAGAACAGUUUGGAGUCCGAGAAUGUAGAGGCCAAAAAGGGUCGAUGGCAGUAUCAUCACGAUGUUACGAACAUUGUGACUCGGACAGAUGUCAAAAAGUCGCCUCCACCAAUACAGAGCCCCAUGUACUCAGGAAAUGCUUACUUUGUGGUUUCAAGAGAGUUUGUAGAGCACAUCUUCAAAAGCAAAGAGAUUCAAAACUUCAUGGAAUGGGAGAAAGACACGUACAGUCCAGAUGAGCACAUGUGGGCUACGUUACAGCGGAUGCCUUCAGUACCAGGAUCCAAUCCUGCAAACGUCAAGUAUGAACAAUCAGACAUGAAUGCAAUUGCUCGUCUGGUGAAGUGGAGCUACCAUGAAGGAGAUCUAAAGAGUGGGGCUCCCUACCCACCAUGCACUGGGAUGCACAGAAGGGCAGUGUGUGUCUAUGGAGCUGGGGACUUGAAAUGGAUUGUGCAGCAACACCAUCUUUUGGCAAACAAGUUUGACCCAGAAGUAGACGAUGUGGCAAUCAAAUGUAUGGAAGCCUUUUUAAGGUACAAAGCUAUUUAUGGUCAAUCAUUACUAACAGUUGAAAAAUCAGACAUUGUUUGA